AUGGGCAAAUUCUCUCACGCAGCUGUUGCUGCUCUGGCAGCCGCAACCGCCCAUGCCACGUCGCUCUCGGACCUGUGUACUGUUUCCAACGUUCAGUCGGCUCUGCCGUCCAAUGGCACCCUCCUAGGCAUCAACCUGAUCCCCUCGUCCGUCACCGCGGGCGUGACUACCUCCAGCGGGGGCAUGGGUGGCAUGAAGAAGCGCGCUGACAGCUACACCUACUGCAACGUGACUGUCGCUUACACCCACCCCGGCAAGGGCGACAAGGUCGUCCUCAAGUAUGCCUUCCCUAGCCCCUCGGAGUUCAAGAACCGCUUCUACGUGGCGGGUGGUGGCGGUUUCUCGCUCGCCAGCGAUGCCACUGGCGGUCUCGAGUACGGCGCAGCCUCGGGGGCCACCGAUGCCGGCUACGACGCCUUCUCCUACAGCUACGAUGAGGUCGUGCUCUACGGCAACGGCUCCAUCAACUGGGAUGCCACCUACAUGUUCGGCUACCAGGCGCUGGGAGAGAUGACCCAGGUCGCCAAACCGCUUACGCGCGGCUUCUACGGUCUGGACAGCGACAAGAAGAUCUACACCUACUACGAGGGCUGCUCCGACGGCGGUCGCGAGGGUAUGAGCCAGGUCCAACGCUGGGGAUCCGAAUACGAUGGUGCCAUCACCGGAGCUCCCGCCUUCCGUUUCGCCCAGCAGCAGGUCAACCACGUCUUCCCCGCCACCAUCGAGCACACCAUGGACUACUACCCCGAGCCCUGCAUGCUGGAGAAGAUCGUCAACGCCACCAUCGAGGCCUGCGACCCGCUCGAUGGCCGCACUGACGGGGUCAUCUCCCGGACCGACCUCUGCAUGCUGAACUUCAACCUCACCUCCAUCAUCGGCGAGUCCUACUACUGCGCCGAGCAGAACUACACCUCGCUGGGCUUCGGCUUCAGCAAGCGCGCCGAGGGCAGCACGACCAGCUACCAGCCGGCGCAGAACGGCACCGUGACCGCCGAGGGGGUGCAGUUGGCGCAGGCAAUCUACGACGGUCUGCACAACACGCAGGGCGAGCGGGCCUACCUCUCGUGGCAGAUUGGCUCCGAGCUCUCCGACGCCGACACCGAAUACAACUCCGACACGGACAGCUGGGAGCUGGAUAUCCCCUCGACGGGCGGCGAGUACGUGACCAAGUUCGUGCAGCUGCUGAACCUUGACAACCUGUCCAACCUCGACAACGUGACCUACGACACCCUGGUCGACUGGAUGCACACGGGGAUGGUCCGCUAUCUCGACAGCCUGCAGACCACCGUGCCCGACCUGACCGAGUUCGAGGCCUCCGGAGGCAAGCUGCUGCACUACCACGGCGAGUCCGACCCCUCCGUCCCCGCCGCCUCCUCCGUGCACUACUGGCAGUCCGUCCGCGCCGUCAUGUACGGCGACCUCUCCGCCUCGGAGUCCCUGACCAAGAUGGCCGACUGGUACCAGUUCUACCUCAUCCCCGGCGCCGCCCACUGCGGCACCAACUCCCUCCAGCCCGGCCCCUACCCCGAGGACAACAUGGCGAUCAUGAUCAACUGGGUCGAGAACGGGGUCAAGCCCUCCCGUCUCAACGCCACCGUCUCCUCCGGCGACUACGCCGGGGAGACCCAGAUGCUGUGCCAGUGGCCCACCCGUCCGCUGUGGACCAGCAACAGCAGCAGCUUCGCGUGUGUCCAUGACCAGAAGUCGAUUGACACGUGGACCUACGAGUUCCCUGCCUUCAAGGUUCCCGUGUAUUAA